AAUGGCCCGUGCGGGGGGCUGGGGGAGCCGUGACGCAGCCCUGGGGGGAGGCACAGGGCCGGUGAACGAGCUGUGCCCGUGGGCUCCUGCUGGUCCCGGCACUGGUCUGGGAGCUGUUACAGCACAGCCUGGGCGCUUAUGGAGCCGUCCUGCCCCAAACUAACAGCAGUCUGAGGAAACAACCUCUUAAAAGCCCAUUUUGAAGGAGCAUUUUCAAAUAACACCGAGAACCUUCACCAGGGCGUGCUCGACCAGCCCUGGUGGGUGUGUGGGGGGGCCCUGGGGUUCAGAUCUGCACUGUCUCGCUGACACUCUGUGUCACCCCUUUACAGAUAUUGUCCCCAGUCACUUGUGGCCCUCGCCCAUUUGGUCACUGGCCGUGGUGGGAUCACUGUGGUGAUGGAAUCACUUUGGUCAUUCGGAUCUCUUUUGGUGACUGAUCACUUUUGGCACUAGGAUAUUUAUAUACAUUAGAUACAUAUUUUUAAAAAGUGAGGGUAGAAAAGACCAUCUAGCGGCUCUCAAGGGCCAGUGCCCUCCCCAGCAGUGUGUGCUCCCCCCACCCUAGAAAUAAUACCUAGAAAAUUCUUCCAGUGCGAUUCUCAGGGGAGCCCCCGCUCCCAACGCCCUGUCCUGGGACCCCCGCUGACCCCCCCACGUCCGCCAACCCAGUCUGGUCUCUGGCCGUCCAUGGUGGCCGUGGCUUUCUGGGGGGCAGGGGGCGGUGGAGGCCGUGGGCGGUGGGUGAGGAGGGGGCAGCCAGGCGGGCUGGGGGUUGUAGGGCGAGGAGGCCCAGAAGGGGCUGAAGCUCCCGGGGGCACAGGCCAUGGAACGAUGGGGCUGUUGCUGCUCUGCCUGCUCUCUGGGUUUCGCAGCUUGGAGAAGGUGGCCAGAGCCACGCGGCGUGGCUGGCGUGUUGCUGGGGGUGCACAUCUGCGGGGCCGUCAGAUUGGCCAUGGAUGGUUUUUUGGAGUCCCAGCCUGGCAACCUCCCCAUCACUGGAGAUCUGGCUGCAUCCCGCACCAGGUGCUGGUGCACACAGGAGCCAGUCACUGCACAUCUGCCACCAAGGGGAAUCGCCUCCGAGGCCAACUGUGCCGUGGGGAAAGGAAAGGGUUAAACAUCAGAAGAGUUUGAUUUAGUACACAACACGGAUAAAGCCAUUCUCUCUGCCAUUAAAACUGAGGGUAUUUAAUUCAGUAAAGUGAGAUUUCAUUCCCCAUGACUUGGCUGGUUGUAUUUUGAAUCUGGGCACGGGCUGCAGUGACCUGCAACGAAAUACGAGGUGUCACCAGCUACAAUGUAGGUGUUAAAGUGGGAAAGGCAGGAGGGAGCCUCAGCAUCUCCCAUCCCGUGGAUAACUUCAUCACAAAGGACCAGGGCGGCGCCCGCUGGCUCCUGGGGCGGCUGUUGCCGGGCAACAGAGACACUAUAUUGUCCCCUGUCACCUGUGCCCCUCGCCCAUUUGGUCACUGGCCGUGGUGGGAUCACUUGCCGUGGUGGGAUCACUGUGGUGGUGGACUCAUUUUGGCAGUUGGACCACUUUUGGUGGUGGGAUCACUACUGGUGGUUGCAUCACUUUUGGUGUUGGGAUCACAUUUGGUGGUUGCAUCACUUUUGGUGUUGGGAUCACAUUUGGUGGUUGCAUCACUUUUGGUGGUGGAAUCGCUUUUGGUGGUUGAACCGCUUUUGGGUGGUUUGGUCACUUUCGGCACUUGGAUCGCUUUGGUGACUGGAUCGCUUUCAUCACUCGGAUUGCUUUCGGAACUUGGAUCUGUUUUGGUGACUGAUCGCUUUCUGUGGCAAGAAGGAGCAGGAGAAAGGCUGCUGGCUGUCCAUCCCUCCAAGAUCACCUCCGGACAGAAAAGCUCCUGUCUCCCUACUUCGGGUUCAGUGUUUUCACGCAGAACAGCAGUGAUGGCCACACGCAGUCUGUUGGAAAUGCUGGACGCUGCCAUCGGGACACCCCAAGUUGGGGUUGUGGAUUUCGUGGCGCUCCACAAGCUGCUGAAAGCCAUGAUCAUCGGGCAGCAGGGUCAGCAGGAGCUGCAGUGCAGCCUGGCAGAGGACAUGCGGGCCAUGCAGAAGGCGCACUCUGGCAUGGCAGAGGACAUGCGGGAGAUGAAGGAGGCGAUGCAGGAGGCGCAUUCUGGAAUGGCACAGGACAUCCAGGAGAUGAAGGAGGCGCAUGUCGGCCUGGCAGAGGACAUGCAUGCCCUGCAGGAGGCGCAUUCCGGCCUGGCCGAGGACAUCCAGGAGAUCCAGGAGACACUUGGCCUGGAGGGCGGUGGGGGCCAGUCUGCCCCCUCCGAGCCCACCCAGGUGGCCAUGGACAGCCAGGCCAGGAAGAGCUCAGCACUGGGGCCGAAGGGACGUGGGACACAGCCUGGGAUGGAGACCGGCAAGGGGACUGCAGGGUCUGGCUCCCUGGGGAUGCAAGCAGGGACACAGGGGGAACCAGCGACCCCUGUGAAGUUGUCAGGCGCUCCCUCUGAUCACACGAGGUCUAUUGGUGCCGGCGCCACCACCCCGGGGAUGCAGCCAGGAUCACGGGGCACCCAGGCCACCACCCGCCUGGGGACACAGCCAGGGGCCCCUGACACCCAGGCCAGCACCUCGGGGAUGCAGCCAGGAUCCCCUGGGACCCACACCACCACCCCUGGGGUGCAGCCUGCGUCCUCCAGAUCCCAAGCCACCAUCCCAGGCGAUGCCCAAGAGCCGGCCAAGCCCUGGGGCUCCACCAGCACCUCCAGCUACGAGUCGGAGAUGCGGGAGGUUCUCUCACAGGUUGGGCAGCUCGGCAACGUCUACGCUGGUCUGAAGGAGGAGGUGGAACAGCUUAAAUCUACAAAAGCAGAACGUGCAGAUCUUGAGAACGUGCGCCAGCUUUUCCCGAAGGGAGGCCGGCAGAGCAUCACCAGCAUCCUGGCCGACCUCAAGUGCCAGAUGUCCUUCCUACAAGACAUGGCCAGGGCCCUCCGCGGGGAGGAGGAGAAGGUGAGCCGGCAGCAGUCCCCGAGGGGCUGCGGGGAUGCCAGUUUGGGCAGGGAGGGGGCAGCGAAAGGGUCCCCGUGCCGGAAUGACACAGGGGGCUGUGCCCUUACCGCCCCCACUGCCGUUCCCAGAUCAGCAAGGUGGAGGAUGCUCCCAGAAAGAUGA